AUGGCGACCACUAUGGCUGACCAGAAACGCUCUCAAUUCCAGCCCGUUUGUCAAAAUUGUGGUACUUCCACCACCCCCCUUUGGAGGAGAGACGAAUCCGGAUCGGUGCUGUGCAAUGCCUGUGGACUUUUCCUCAAACUCCACGGUCGACCUCGUCCGAUAAGCCUUAAAACUGAUGUGAUCAAAAGUCGAAAUCGCGUCAAAACCUCGGGACAGGGGCCAAAAAGAAAAACAAAUAUUGAUACCAAUGGCCUUGCUGGUUCGAGAUCCGAAGCCGGUACUCCCCCAUUAGGUUCCCAUGGCCACCAUCGUGGAUCACGAAAAGGUUCCGCAGGGCCCUCGGAUCGCUCUAAUUCUCCAGUGUCACGAACCAAUACCCCUGGGUUUCAACACCAUUCAAAUAUAGCACCUCAGCACAUGUUCGAUAGUGUUACCCUGUCAGACCACAGUUUCAAUCCGUCUACUGCUGUGCUCCCCUCCUUACAACUACAUAACCCUUCCAUCAGUUCAACAUCCUCCGCAAACGAUCGCCAUUUAGAAGCGCCACAAACCUACGAAGGCCUCCUUGCUGCAAACACUUCUCUGAAAACUCGUAUCAACGAGCUCGAGUUGAUCAAUGAAUUGUUUCGAGGAAGGGUUGCUGAAUUAGAACAAAGCGACGCGACCGCGAGAAGAUCAGAAAUGGUUGCUCGAGAUUCCGAGUCCCGUCUGAGCCAAUUGUUGGAAGAGACUCAAAAACGCGAGGACGGUCUGAAACGGAAAAUCGCCGAACUUGAACAGGCAUUAAUUGACCGAGAAUUGCUGCAAGGUCUCACCUCUGAACCUCAAGCGAAAAAAAUCCGCCUCACUGAUGUCGUCGACUAUAGUCCUGAUUCAGCCAGCAAAUCUCCACAAUCUCUUUAACAGAGAAGGAUAAAGUCCGUCAGGAUCAUUGCUCUCAACGCAUGAUGCGGCUAUUUAACACAUACCUUUCUUUUCCCAAACAAAAUACCUCCCCAGUUCCAAAUCCUUUAAUCCUGAUACCCUUUUACGACUUUCAUCGCAAAAAAGAUAUUUUCCGAGUUUUCAUCUUUCGACAAUUUAAUUUUCAUUCUAUAUACUGUAUUAUUACGUUUUAUUGCUUUUUAAUCUAUUUUUUUCUGAU